AGAUAUGAAACUUUUGGGGUUUAUGUUAUUUAUACCUAAUUUUAAGAAGUAUAGGGAUAAAUAUGACCCUUUUCACAUUUAAAAGGGGUUAUGACGUGAGCCUUCUAAAUAGGAGGGACUCAGAAAAUGAGUAUUAAAGGAGCAUAACAUAUUGAUAUUAUUCUGGAGAAAAUUGUAGGAAAAAAAAAAAAAGAAAAAGAAUUGUGGAGAAAGGAAUUUGGUGAUUGCGGCAGAUUGGAUCUGUUAUGGAAAGGGAUGAUGGAAGUGGUUGUGCAACUUCAACUUCAAUUCCUAUCGAUUCCUCCAACCUUGGUUUUAAGUUGUUAAAAAAGCAUGGCUGGAGGGAAGGAACUGGACUUGGCAUUGCUGAACAGGGCAGACUGGAACCUGUGCCAGCUUAUAUCAAGAAAAAUAUGAGAGGCUUGGGAGCAGAGAAGCCAAAAAAGGUAGCGGCGCACCCAAAAAAUACCGGACAUUCCUCUGACAAUAUUUUAAAAGAUGGGGACAAAGAGAGUAAACCAAAGGGGAUCUCUAAAAAGAUGAAGAAAGUACUGGAGCUUGAUAAGCGCAUGCAAGAGAAAGAAUUUGAGCGAGCAUUCUUCAGAGAAUUCUGGCCCGAUAAUGUGUGAUUCGUCUUAUUCUUUGCCCGCCCGGUUUUCAUGUCAUAUAUCUACCUUUCAGAUGGAUGUUCAUUUUCAUUGAGUUGAACACAUGUAAAAUGAUAUCUAGCUUUUGUGAUGUUUGUAAAUAUUAUGAAGUGUACUCAUUAUUAUGAGGAAGAAAAGAUGACAAAUGUAUCAGUACAUCUAGGGUUUAAGUCAUCGAUAGGAUCGUAAUUUUUUUU